CUUCUUUUCGCGCAAGUUCCGUGUGAUCGGCUGUGACCAGCUGUUUUGCGCCGUCGUUCCCUUUCUCCCCCGCCUGGCUGCCUGACCGGCCACUCGAAGGAUGUUUCGAAUUGGAUUAAAAAAAUUUCCGUGCAACGGUCUAACACGGGUCAAAAAACACGGCUACUCCAAGUUAUACUUGAUAGCCAGGUACCAUGAGUCGCGAACACGCGUCAAAUACGAACCGGAUGGAAGAUUGUACAAGGAUAUCAGACUUAUAUCGAGGUUUACUGGAUCUAAAUAUUCAACCAAAUCAUCAAAAAGUGAGAAAAGUGGAGGAUCAGGAACAUUGAUAACUUUAGGAGGUAUAACAAUUGGUACCUUAGGAAUAUUAACAUAUGCAAAGAGUGAUCCGGAAGUUCGAGCUACUCUUGAAGGAUGGUUUCCUGGCACAGAUAAAGCUAUUCGAAUUAUCUUCCAAGAAGAGUCUACCUAUUUCGAGUCUGUACUUACAUUCUUCAGAACAUUGAAAGAGAUGAUAUUGGAUUUGUUCGUUAAGGAAACAGAAGAACCAGCACCCAAACCAGCUUUUAAACCUCUAGUUGAGAAGAAGGAAGCGCCUAUUAAUGAGAAUUAUGCCGAAAUUCGUGUUAGUCAAGAAAAAGGUGAAAAAGUAGAUGUUGUGGUUGAAAAACCAACGCCACCUAAAACUGUACCCGAAGAGCUGAUGCCACAAAGUCUUGUCGAGCUAGAAACGUAUUGCGGCGAAACCGCCGCUAAAGCUAUCGCGGCCUAUCAUGAGGCGGAGUGUGCACUCCGCGAGUACAAUCAGGAUGUUUUCAGAAUGAUUGAUAGUUCUACCGGUACGAUAAGCGGAGCCAUUUGGCACAGGUUAAAAAAUGCGACGGAAAAAAGGAAAGAGAAGCUACAGCAAGCGGAAGAGUAUGCGAAAGAUGCGUUGAAUUCGCUUAAGCGCAUGUAUAAUUUAAUUGAUGAACCUGUGCUCCAAGCGCCCGCGCAUAUGAAAACAGCCGCGAGGCGGAAUGUUAGAAAAAUUAUGGACGACGUAGACGAAGCCAAAAAGAAGUACACCGAAGAGCUUCACAGCAGUCAUUUUACCGACCGGUAUUGGAAGCGGAUUAAAAAGGCGCGGGAAGAUUUUAACGAAGAAUUGCAAAUUCUAUUUCCCAAAAUAAAUAUUUAUGACAAGAAAAUGUCUGUCAGCGAAGAAGACUUCGAUUUAUUCGUCCUGCAUAUGUAUCACAAAGUUAACGACUUGCAGAAAGAGCUGGAAAAAUUAAAGACAGUCGAGGAAGCUAAAAUAAAGGCGGCAUUGAAGGCAACGGGUGAUGAGGCGACUCAAGAAAAGCUGGACGCGUUAAUCUGCCUCGCAGUUAAACAGGAAAAGCUCGAGCUUCAAGACCAAUACGCGAAAGAGCUGCUGGUGGAGCAGAAGAAGCUGGACGACGAGAUGCGGCGGCAGCUGAAAUUGCAGUCGCAGAUACACGCAGAUCAUCUUCAAGAGGCACUUUUGGCCAAAGAGCAGGAAAUCCAAAGGAUGCUGCAGCGCGAUUUCACCGAGCAAUCCGACGCCGACUCCAUAAAGCACAAGAAACAGCUCGCGGCGAUGACGGGAAGGUUACGUGGUCUUACAGCGGCUCUUAAAGCUCGGAUGGAAGAGGAAAAAGAUGUAUCAAAUGCACAGGUCCUUUGGUCGGCCUGUCAAGCCUUGGCUAGAGCAAUAAAAACUGUGUCGGAUAUGAAGCUCAAACCAUUGGAACCUGAAAUUAAGGCCAUUUCCAAGGCAGCACCGAAAGGAGAUGCUCUGGUGUGCGCCGCUAUCCAGAGCAUACCCGAAGAGGCGGCCAAGAGAGGAGUAAUCCCGGAGGAUGUCCUUCGCGAGAGAUUUCUCAAGGUAGAAAGCAUGGCUAGAAGAUUAGCUAUGGUGCCUGAGGAGGGUGCAGCACUGCCUAUAUACUUUCUUAGUUUCCUUCAAAGUUUCCUGAUCAUCAAAACGAUUGGUCCAAUACCGAAGACGGAGCUCGAAGACGAGCCAAUCGAUGUAACCUCCUUGAAUACGUAUGACAUCCUUCAACGUGCCAGAUAUUGGUUGGAUCGUGGCAAUUUCCAAAUGACUCUGAAAUACAUGAACCUGCUGAAGGGUGCGCCAAGAAGCAUCGCCAAAGACUGGAUGAACGAGACCAGGAUCCUGCUGGAGACACAGCAGGCGAUCAACACUCUGUUGGCGUACGCAGGUGCGAUCGGUCUCACACAUUUCGGUGUUGGAGAUCAGCAGAAGUAAAGGCGGACAGAAAACCACAGAAGAGAGACUGUCCCGAAUUACACACACACACGAGGGAAUGUCUGUAGAGGAACGGGGCGGGGGUGACGGAGGUGAAUAGAGAGAGACAGAUGGCACCGACGACGAACUGAGGGGAAGCGAGAAGGAUGAACGCGGAGAGGAAUCGCUGCCAGCCUUGUCAUAGAAAUGUCUUUUCUAGCAAUUAAAAUAUAGGAAUAUAUAUAUAUAUAUAUAUAUAUAUAUAUAUAUAUAUAUAUAUAUUGUGUGCCGAGAGAGGCAAUACACAGACAGUGAAACGCUUUUCUUUGCCAAUCCUCGAGGACUCCCAAUCCUUGCAACGAAAAAUGUACUUUUGCGCGCUUUGAAUUUUUCAACGAGAUUCAAAUCUUAUGUAAGAAACGUACGCGAGGAAGAUUUUAAAUACCUGUCAGAUAGAUAGAUAGAUUUCGAGCGAGCUGUUGAACCGAACAUUAAAUACAAAAUCAUUUAUCCGAUAAUAUAUCUUGUGUCGAAAUACUUUUUUGAUUUUAUAUACAUAUAUAUAUAUAUAUAUAUAAAAUCUACUUCCUUUAUAUUGAUCGAGAGAAGAAUAUAAAGAAAAAGUAUAUUUUUAUUUUCAUAUACCACUAUUCUACCCAACAGCUCGAAUCGUGUGUGACGAGAGUAAAGUUAUCGAAUACAAUGUAAAUAUCAAAGACGAUCGUGCUUCUAAAGAGGCGACGGUAUAAGAAAGCAUUUAAGCGCGUCCCACAUUUAUUACAACAAAUGAAAAUACAAGUCCCGGAUAUUUUUAAAUUAUCACUUUCGCGUUUAAUCAUGUCUGUAAUUUAUUGAUAAUCACGCUCGAUGGCGGCGGGCGUGCUUCGAGCUCUCCUUGUCCUGAUCUAUCCAUCCAUCCAUCCAUCCAUCCAUCUAUCUCGACAGUACCUUUUACCUUAUAACCGGAUAUUACUCUCUCCCGCGCACCGAACUCCCGCCGCGAAUCACAUCGAUCGUUCGCGUGCUGUUACCUCGUCUUUCGCCUCUUACACGAAAACCUUGGCGAUUUUGCAUGGGACGGGAAAGCGUGCUAGGAAUCAUUGUAAAAAUUGGAAAUAAAGUUGUUUCGUGACGUAA